GAUACAGCAGAGUCGUGGUCUGAUCGUAACAAAUGGCUGUGUUUUUCAGGUUAAAAUUAUAUGAAUUUCCUUAACGAUAGUGAAACAAGUAUAAUAAUUGAUGGGAUUAAAAAAUGUCACAACAAACUGCUCUUGCACAGACUACCAAUGCAGGAUCGGAUAUGACACCUGUACUUGGUAGUAUACAAUCCAUUGGACCUAAUACUCAGGCAUCAUCUACUGUAUCCAAUAUACAAAGUGGCAAUACAGUAGUACAGGUUUUGCAACCUCAGACUCAAUCUCAACAAACGCAAUUUGUAACGCAACCACCAAAACAGCAAGUGUCUCAACAAUCAUCCACGCAACAACAACAACAACAACAACAAAGUUCCUUCAAUGAUUUCCCACAGUUCUUAACAAAAACACGAUUACAAGAUCUUGUCAAAGAGGUAGACCCUACUGAACAAUUAGAUGAAGAGGUUGAAGAAAUGCUUUUACAAUUAGCAGAUGAUUUUGUAGAAACAACUGUAAAUGCAGCAUGCUUGUUGGCUAAGCAUCGUCAUGCUAACACUGUCGAAGUAAAGGAUGUCCAAUUACAUUUAGAAAGGAAUUGGAAUAUGUGGAUUCCUGGUUUUGGUACAGACGAGGUGCGCCCAUAUAAACGAGCAACAGUCACAGAGGCACACAAACAAAGAUUGGCACUUAUACGAAAAUCAAUCAAAAAAUAUUAGUCUUCCUACAUAUUUUACCUUCUAUACCUGUUAUUUUAUCUAUAAGUGACAAUUUUUUUUACAUUUACAUGACAGUACAUUUAUUAUAAUAUGCGUCACUGAUAUUUGUAAACAAAUGGAAAUUAUUAAUCAUACAUGGUUUUUGCAAUGUAUAGCUGUAACUAUGAAGUGACUUAAAAAUUUAAUAAUAAUUAAAGUACUAUUCUUAAAGGAAAUUGGCA